AUUACGGCACUGAAUUAGCAGCAAGCAGGGGGAAAUUUGCUGUUUCAGUCAACACAUGAGGUGGCCACACUGGAAGAGCUGAGGUUUAUCUGACAGCGGAGAAGAGCCUCUGCAUCUUCAUGACUUUAGGUGAAUCAUCAAUGACAAAGAUGGAGCUUUUAUCAGUCAAAUCCACAUCAGACCUCCUGUUACUCUACGGCUUCUUCAGUCUGCUUUUGACUGUAACAGUGAACUCCACUACAUUAGAACCAAUGAGAACAUCUGAACCUACAACAGCAGGACAAUCCACAGAACCUGCUCCUAGAAAUGUAGAAAAUGUAUCAGUGGUGACCCAGAACACCAGCAGUUUAACUCUGAAGUGGGACAAAGUUAAUAACAUCUCAACAUAUCAACUGCUAUAUGAUUCUGACCCAAAGAACAUCAACGAUGCUACUGGAGAAACAUUUAUACAACAUGUGGUCUCUGAUCUGACUGCUGGGACAGAAUAUAGUUUCACUCUUUUCACUGAGGCCAAUGGAGUCAACAGCUCUGGAUUAUUAUUCUCUGCUGCUACAGCUCCAGAAAAUGUCAAUAAUGUAUCAGUGGAGACCCAGAGUGUUAACAGUAUAACUCUGAAGUGGGACAAAGUUAACAGCAUCUCAACAUACAAACUGCAAUAUGAAGAAAAUGGUGAAACUGUCACUAAUAACAUCAGUAAUGCUGAUGCAGUUGUACAACAUGUGGUCUCUGAUCUGACUGCUGGGACAGAAUAUAGUUUCACUCUUUUCACUGAGGCCAAUGGAGUCAACAGCUCUGGAUUAUUAUUCUCUGCUGCUACAGCUCCUGAAAAUAUAGAACGUGUAUCAGUGGAGACCCAGAGUGUUAACAGUAUAACUCUGAAGUGGGACAAAGUUAACAGCAUCUCAACAUACAAACUGCAAUAUGAAGAAAAUGGUGAAACUGUCACUAAUAACAUCAGUAAUGCUGAUGCAGUUGUACAACAUGUGGUCUCUGAUCUGACUGCUGGGACAGAAUAUAGUUUCACUCUUUUCACUGAGGCCAAUGGAGUCAACAGCUCUGGAUUAUUAUUCUCUGCUGCUACAGCUCCUGAAAAUGUAGAAAGUGUGUCAGUCAUAACUCAGAACACCAGCAGUAUAACUCUGCAGUGGGACAAAGUUAGCAACAUCUCAAUAUAUAAACUGGAAUAUGAAGAAAAUGGUGAAACUGUCACUAAUAACAUCAGUAAUGCUGAUGAUGUUGUACAACAUGUGGUCUCUGAUCUGACUGCUGGGACAAAAUAUAGUUUCAUUCUUUUCACUGAGGCCAAUGGAGUCAACAGCUCUGGAUUAUUAUUCUCUGCUGCUACAGCUCCUGAAAAUGUAGAAAGUGUGUCAGUCAUAACUCAGAACACCAGCAGUAUAACUCUGCAGUGGGACAAAGUUAACAGCAUCUCAAUAUAUAAACUGCAAUAUGAAGAAAAUGGUGAAACUGUCAUUAAUAACAUCAAUAAUGCUGAUGAUGUUGUACAACAUGUGGUCUCUGAUCUGACUGCUGGGACAGAAUAUAGUUUCACUCUUUUCACUGAGGCCAAUGGAGUCAACAGCUCUGGAUUAUUAUUCUCUGCUGCUACAGCUCCUGAGAAUGUAGUAAAAGUAGAAGUGGAGGCAAGAAACACCAGCAGUUUAACUCUGCAGUGGGACAAAGUUAACAACAUCUCAACAUAUAAACUGGAAUAUAUAGAAAAUGGAGUUUCUUUCACAAAGAACAUCAGUGAUACAUCUGUAGAAACAUUUGUACAACAUGUGGUUCCUGAUCUGACUGCUGGGACAGAAUAUAGUUUUUCUCUCUUCACUGUGUUGAAUGAAGUCAGCAGCUCUGGAUUCAUAUUUACUGAAGCUACAGCUCCUGAAAAUGUAGAAAGUGUGUCAGUGGAAACUCAGAACACCAGCAGUAUAACAAUAAAGUGGGACAAAGUUAACAACAUCUCAACAUACAAACUGCAAUAUGAUUCUGUCACAAAGAACAUCAGUGAUAAUUCUGGAGAAACAUUUGUGCAACAUGUGGUCUCUGAUCUGACUGCUGGGACAGAAUAUAGUUUCACUCUUUUCACUGAGGCCAAUGGAGUCAACAGCUCUGGAUUAUUAUUCUCUGCUGCUACAGCUCCUAGAAAUGUAGAAAGUGUAUCAGUGGAGACCCAGAGUGUUAACAGUAUAACUCUGAAGUGGGACAAAGUUAACAGCAUCUCAACAUACAAACUGCAAUAUGAAGAAAAUGGUGAAACUGUCACUAAUAACAUCAGUAAUGCUGAUGCAGUUGUACAACAUGUGGUCUCUGAUCUGACUGCUGGGACAGAAUAUAGUUUCACUCUUUUCACUGAGGCCAAUGGAGUCAACAGCUCUGGAUUAUUAUUCUCUGCUGCUACAGCUCCUGACGAUGUAAAAGAUGUAUCAGUCAUAACCCAGAACACCAGCAGUAUAACUCUGCAGUGGGACAAAGUUAACAACAUCUCAACAUACAAACUGCAAUAUGAUUCUGACCCAAACAACAUCAGUGAUACUUCUGAAAAAACAUUUGUACAACAUGUGGUCUCUGAUCUGACUGCUGGGACAGAAUAUAAUUUCACUCUCUUCACUGUGUUGAAUGAUCUCAUCAGCUCUGGAUUAUUAUUCUCUGCUGCUACAGCUCCUGAAAAUGUAGAAAGUGUGUCAGUCAUAACUCAGAACACCAGCAGUAUAACUCUGCAGUGGGACAAAGUUAGCAACAUCUCAAUAUAUAAACUGGAAUAUGAAGAAAAUGGUGAAACUGUCACUAAUAACAUCAGUAAUGCUGAUGAUGUUGUACAACAUGUGGUCUCUGAUCUGACUGCUGGGACAAAAUAUAGUUUCAUUCUUUUCACUGAGGCCAAUGGAGUCAACAGCUCUGGAUUAUUAUUCUCUGCUGCUACAGCUCCUGAAAAUGUAGAAAGUGUGUCAGUCAUAACUCAGAACACCAGCAGUAUAACUCUGCAGUGGGACAAAGUUAACAGCAUCUCAAUAUAUAAACUGCAAUAUGAAGAAAAUGGUGAAACUGUCAUUAAUAACAUCAAUAAUGCUGAUGAUGUUGUACAACAUGUGGUCUCUGAUCUGACUGCUGGGACAGAAUAUAGUUUCACUCUUUUCACUGAGGCCAAUGGAGUCAACAGCUCUGGAUUAUUAUUCUCUGCUGCUACAGCUCCUGAAAAUGUAGAAAGUGUGUCAGUGGAAACUCAGAACACCAGCAGUAUAACAAUAAAGUGGGACAAAGUUAACAACAUCUCAACAUACAAACUGCAAUAUGAUUCUGUCACAAAGAACAUCAGUGAUAAUUCUGGAGAAACAUUUGUGCAACAUGUGGUCUCUGAUCUGACUGCUGGGACAGAAUAUAGUUUCACUCUUUUCACUGAGGCCAAUGGAGUCAACAGCUCUGGAUUAUUAUUCUCUGCUGCUACAGCUCCUAGAAAUGUAGAAAGUGUAUCAGUGGAGACCCAGAGUGUUAACAGUAUAACUCUGAAGUGGGACAAAGUUAACAGCAUCUCAACAUACAAACUGCAAUAUGAAGAAAAUGGUGAAACUGUCACUAAUAACAUCAGUAAUGCUGAUGCAGUUGUACAACAUGUGGUCUCUGAUCUGACUGCUGGGACAGAAUAUAGUUUCACUCUUUUCACUGAGGCCAAUGGAGUCAACAGCUCUGGAUUAUUAUUCUCUGCUGCUACAGCUCCUGACGAUGUAAAAGAUGUAUCAGUCAUAACCCAGAACACCAGCAGUAUAACUCUGCAGUGGGACAAAGUUAACAACAUCUCAACAUACAAACUGCAAUAUGAUUCUGACCCAAACAACAUCAGUGAUACUUCUGAAAAAACAUUUGUACAACAUGUGGUCUCUGAUCUGACUGCUGGGACAGAAUAUAAUUUCACUCUCUUCACUGUGUUGAAUGAUCUCAUCAGCUCUGGAUUAUUAUUCUCUGCUGCUACAGCUCCUGAAAAUGUAGAAAGUGUGUCAGUCAUAACUCAGAACACCAGCAGUAUAACUCUGCAGUGGGACAAAGUUAGCAACAUCUCAAUAUAUAAACUGGAAUAUGAAGAAAAUGGUGAAACUGUCACUAAUAACAUCAGUAAUGCUGAUGAUGUUGUACAACAUGUGGUCUCUGAUCUGACUGCUGGGACAAAAUAUAGUUUCAUUCUUUUCACUGAGGCCAAUGGAGUCAACAGCUCUGGAUUAUUAUUCUCUGCUGCUACAGCUCCUGAAAAUGUAGAAAGUGUGUCAGUCAUAACUCAGAACACCAGCAGUAUAACUCUGCAGUGGGACAAAGUUAACAGCAUCUCAAUAUAUAAACUGCAAUAUGAAGAAAAUGGUGAAACUGUCAUUAAUAACAUCAAUAAUGCUGAUGAUGUUGUACAACAUGUGGUCUCUGAUCUGACUGCUGGGACAGAAUAUAGUUUCACUCUUUUCACUGAGGCCAAUGGAGUCAACAGCUCUGGAUUAUUAUUCUCUGCUGCUACAGCUCCUGAGAAUGUAGUAAAAGUAGAAGUGGAGGCAAGAAACACCAGCAGUUUAACUCUGCAGUGGGACAAAGUUAACAACAUCUCAACAUAUAAACUGGAAUAUAUAGAAAAUGGAGUUUCUUUCACAAAGAACAUCAGUGAUACAUCUGUAGAAACAUUUGUACAACAUGUGGUUCCUGAUCUGACUGCUGGGACAGAAUAUAGUUUUUCUCUCUUCACUGUGUUGAAUGAAGUCAGCAGCUCUGGAUUCAUAUUUACUGAAGCUACAGCUCCUGAAAAUGUAGAAAGUGUGUCAGUGGAAACUCAGAACACCAGCAGUAUAACAAUAAAGUGGGACAAAGUUAACAACAUCUCAACAUACAAACUGCAAUAUGAUUCUGUCACAAAGAACAUCAGUGAUAAUUCUGGAGAAACAUUUGUGCAACAUGUGGUCUCUGAUCUGACUGCUGGGACAGAAUAUAGUUUCACUCUUUUCACUGAGGCCAAUGGAGUCAACAGCUCUGGAUUAUUAUUCUCUGCUGCUACAGUUCCUCUGAGUGUGACGUCGGUUCGUGUUUCGGAGCGUUUAGUGGACAGAGUAACUUUACAGUGGGAGAAUCCAAAUAAAGCCUGGAAACACAACCUGAGUAUCAACGACACAAACGCAUCUAUAACCCAGGAGGAGACGACAACUGUGUCAUAUUUCAUCUCCAACCUGAAGCCUGGGACGAUGUAUGAGUUCAGUGUGAUCACAGUGUUCUCUGGACUGAACAGUUCUGCUUACGUCGAUCACACAGUAACACAGAUCGACUGCAGUGCCGUAUCCUGGAGCGUCACCAACUCAUCGAUCCAGGGAACAGUUGAAGGCUUGUUCUCCAAAGCUACGGCCUCUAAUGGAUCUGAACCUCUGAUCAGUCCUGAAGGGAAAAACGUGACAUUUUCUGACCUCCUUCCUGGAGCAACUUAUGAGAUUUCUCUACUGUAUGAAACAUCGUCUGCACAUUAUCCACAGUGUAGCAUCGAAAUACCCAUCAUUCCUCCUUCUUUAGCUCCUCUCUGCAGCUACUGGGGUUCUGGCUACAGCGCUCAGAUUAAAUGGGACGAACCGGAUGGUGUGUGGACGACAGCUGAACUCAGCAUAAGCGGGAAAACUUUCACUCUAAAUCCAAAUGAGAAUCAUCUCAUUGUGGAUGGACUUCAACCGGCCAAAACGUAUAAAGUCUCUGUGAUUUCAAGGCUGGAAACAAAAGCUGAUCCCUUAAUAUCUGAACCAUCAAUUUUUUUCUGUUCGACUGAUAACAGAGGAGUCAUUGGAGGAUCUGUGGUCGGUGUUCUGCUUUUUGCUGUUCUCAUCUGUGUCAUUGUGUUUCUUUUCCUUAAAAAGCCAGAUAUUAUCCGCAGAAAAAAGUCUUUCCUCUCUGGAUCCAGAUCAUCAGAUUCAAAGGGGAAAAUCGUCCCUGUAACCAAAUUCCCAGACCACUACCACCAGCUGAGUUUGGAUGAAAACCGAGGUUUCAGUCAGGAAUAUGAGUCCCUCGCUCCCGCUGGCACAAACCAAACCCAAAAAGCUGCGACUCUGCCAGAAAACAGAGGGAAGAACCGCUUCACCAACAUCCUUCCCUACGAUUGGAGUCGAGUGAAACUAAAUACAUCAAAUCCAAACAACACCAUGGACUACAUAAAUGCUAAUUACUUACCAGGCUACAGCAGCAGCAAAGAGUACAUCGCCUGUCAGGGUCCUCUGCCCAACACGGUGGGUGAUUUCUGGAGGAUGGUUUGGGAGCAAAAAGUGAAGAGAAUCGUCAUGGUUACCAACUGCGUUGAAGGAGGGCGGACUAAAUGUGAACAAUACUGGCCUGAAGACAGGAGCCCUGGUUCUCAUGGAGAACUGAUUGUCUCCAAAACGUCUGAGGAGAGAGAGUCCAACUGGGUCCUGAGGGAGUUUAAAGUGAAACAUAUGAAGGAUUCAGAGGAACGGACGGUGAAUCAUUUCCACUUCACUGCUUGGCCUGACCAUGGAGUACCUCAGGGCACAGAAGUCCUGAUCCGUUUCAGAGGACUUGUGAGGAAACACAUAGAGAGUGAAGGGAGCAAAGCACCAACCGUGGUUCACUGCAGUGCUGGGGUGGGCCGGACGGGCACCCUCAUCGCCCUGGACGUCCUGCUGCAGCAGCUGCAACAGGAGCAGGCCGUCGGCAUCAACAGCUUCGUCUACAAGAUGAGGCAGCAUCGAUCUCACAUGGUGCAGACGGAGUCCCAGUACGUGUUCCUGCACCAGUGCAUCAUGGACAGCCUGCAGCCGCCCGGCUGCCAGGAGGAGAACGUUUACGAGAACGACGACUUGAUAUACGUCAACGCCACGGCGCUCCGACAGCUCCGCUGACCCGACGGAACCGGGUUCAGCCCAGCACUAAGACUUGAUGCACAUGUCAAGCUAACCUAGUGUCAUUAUACACUGAACGUGAAGCAGUUAUACAUGUUUAUACUGUAAAGAAAUGCUUUUGUAGUUUACAUUUGCCGGUUCUGUGAUUAUGCUGCCUUAUGUUAUUAUUAUUAAAUAUUAUUAACCUUCAAAUGACCAGAGAAUGUUAUAAAUUUUAUUAGAAUUAUAAAAUUGUUCAAGUAGAAAAAUGUAAUCUGUACAUAGAAAUAAAACAUUUUAUAUUCAAAACAAUCCAGUUUCCUGACUGGAAGAAAAAAAAACAUUAAAUGUUUUCUUCUUUAAUUGCAUCAAAGGUAACAGAAUGAAUUUCACAGAUCCUCCUUGCUUCAUGGUGAGUCCCGGCUGCCGACGGAG